CGUAACUGUUGUGUCUGAUAACUGCAACUCAGAUUUCCAUUUCACAGUGACUGCAGAUAACCAACCAACCAAACACAGGAAACAAUGGCUGAGUUGGUGGCUGGAGCGUUUCUGUCCUCUUCCCUUCAGGUGGCCUUCCAGAAAUUGGCUUCUCGUGAAGUUCUUGACUUCUUCCAUGGCAGGAAGCUCGAGGAUGGCUUGCUGAAAAAGCUGCGCAUCAUCCUUCUGCCUGUGAAUCAGGUUAUUGAAGAUGCAGAGGAAAGGCAGUAUCGAAAUCCUAACGUGAAGCAGUGGCUUGCCGAGCUCAAGGAUGAAGUCUUCAAGGCUGAAGACUUGAUCGAUGAGAUUACUACUGAGGCAUUGCGACAGAAACUGGAUGCUGAAUCGCAGACUCUGACUGGCAAGUGCCAACAAUCUUAAAAGCUACCUUCCACUAUGUUAAGUGGACAAUGGUGAAUAAUGAACAUGAACACCAAUAAUGCAUGCCUAUCUAGCCUGGUGCCAACAAUGAAGAGAUGUCUGUCAUUCACACGGCUGGGCUGUCUGUCACAGGUACGCAUCUAAGAAUAUCUAUAAUUUUACUCAAUAUAUUAAUGGAU